AAUUAUUUGACAGUAGGAUACGUUGCCUAGUAGCACAGAAAUGUCUAAGAUGUAUACGGACAGAACAAAAGAAUUAUUCGCUGAUUUAAUUGAACGUCCACCUCUUACCGACCAAUUGUUACAACGACCGCCAUUUCGUUUCUUACACGAUAUCGUUAAAUUCACAAUUCAAAACACAGGAUUUUUAAUGGAAAAAUUUACAAAUGAGGAAAUGGAUGCAUCAAAUAUAACGGAUAAAACGACAAAAGCUAAUUUUUUGAAGACAUUGAUUAAAGCACUGAACGAUGAUGGAUCGUUGAAAGAUGUCAAAGCUGCCAAAAUAAUAGCGGGCAAGGAACCCGAAAUGACGAAUUUGAUGCUACAAAAGUUAGCAAUUGAUGCAGCAGCAUUUCGUGAUUCGAAGUUAAAGGGUAUUACAAAUGAAGAAAGACAAAAGAAAGAGAAAAAAGCGCAUAAAAAGGAAUGCAACGAUAAUGGAUUGGAAAGAAAAAAUAAUGAUAAUAAAAGCAGGAAGGUUGAAAAGGAGAGACGACAUUCAAGUAGAAGUAAAGAAAAGAGGAAGAAAGAAAUUGAAAGCAAACCGAAGAUAAUUAAACAAACGAUUGACAAUAAUGAACGAAGAGAUUCGAUUGAUGAACGACAUUUCGACGAUAUUGUACAAGAAACAUCGGCAAUGAAGAUGGAGCAAGUGGUUCACACUGAUCAGGAUCCAUCGAUUAUUACGAAGACAGAAGACGGCGACAUUGCUGAUAAUAUAACCAAUGAAAUUGCACAACCUUUGAUAUCACCACCAUUGAAGGAACAGCUACGACUGUCAACAUCGUCAGGACGGCCACGUACUUCAGCCAGUAGAUUGGGCACUGCUGCAGCUCGACCAGCGCCUCCGAAGAUCAAAAAGAAACGAGUGGAAGAAAUUGAACGAAAACCAGAAGUUAAUAUAAAAACAAGUGGAGUAAUUAUUGGUGAACGAGAAGAAAUUGAUGAGCAAUUUAUUGUAGAAAUUGAGCCAUCAUAUUGUCAAACUGAUCAAACUAAUGCUGAUGAGUUAAUUAGCGAAGAGCAUGGUGGUCUAGUACGAAAAAUUCUUGAGACCAAAAAAGAAUUAGAAGAUAAAAUAACCAAAGAAGCUUAUAAUGCGACCAUUAGUGUAUUUGACGAAAACGAUCAAGCAAGGUCACAGCAAGAGUUAGCUAAUUUACAAAAGACUAUGCAACAGAUAACACAAACAACACAUCUACUUGCGCGUUUUCUUGACAAUACACAGGAAGAUGCUGAGAAUAUGUUUAAAGAAAUGGAAGAAUGGCGUUUAGAAAGUACAAAAAAUAUACACGAAUUGCGAGAACGAAAAGCGAAUGCGGAAGAAUCAUCGGAAAAAUUGUUGCUAAGGUUGAAUCAAUUGGAUGAACAGAUCAAAGAAGUGAAAAACGCCAUUAUUCAAACUAAAGCUAAAGUGAUAGCAAAUGAAGAAAAAAUUCGAAUUUUAGUUAAUAAUAUUUGA